AUGCCUCAUCCAUCACACAAAACUUUGAAGCGCAGCAAGGAAAAGCAACGAUCAAGAAUCAUGAUGAAACCAACUGAAGACCCAACGACCGAAGACUGCGAUCCCACCAUGACAGACCCGGAGAGUCUAGAAGAUUCCAAGCAAGAGCCAUCAGCCGCUCCCUCCCAGACCAGACGUCAGACCAGACGUAAUCUUCGUACCUUGGGAUUGGUAAUCUUGGGCUACGUAUCUGUUGCUGCACUGGUAGUAGGUUCAGUUGCCAUUGCCAACAGCAACGACAACGACGCCAGCAGCACCUCUGCCAACAAAGGCAAAAGCACCUCCUCGGCUGCCUCCAACGUCGGCCCUGAUGGUUUCGGUGAGGUUAGCGAAGGCGGCGUUUACUCGGGCUUUGAUGCGGAUCUCUGUCGAGCAGUGACUGCUGCAGUCUUCUUGACAGACGCAGAGGAUCCUCCCAAGAACGUUGACGACUUUGUACACUUUGAGUUCAUCGGGAGCAGCCAUACUGGUCAUUGGCUUGAACCUUUGGCAGAGAAGAAGUACGACAUGCUUGCAGCCAUCACUACACACACGGCUGAAAGGGAUAUCCAUCACGAGGAAUCUGGUGCGGGUUUCUCCUUUAGCGUGCCUUACUUCUACGAUGGCCUUCGAUUCGGGGGCGUUGAAGAAUACGUAAACUGCGCUGACAACCUGGAUACUUCCAACCGCAACUGUGCUGGCCUCAAGAUCUGUGCCCAUCGUGGUACUACCAUUUUGGAUUUCUUGCUCAAGAGCUUCCCCGAGAACAACGUGGUUGAACUGAGUGGAGGAGCAAAGGUUCUCACGGAUGGUCUCGAAAACGGAGACUGUAAUGUCAUUGCCGGGGACGUCGUGGUAGCCAGUCAUCUCGACACUUCCAAGUAUCACAUGGGAAGCAGUCAACACACCCGCGAACCUCUGGCUAUUGUCACACGUGAUGACGAUGCGCGGUUUCUGGCACUCUUCACGGCUGAUGAACAAGGCAUCACCUCCAAGAUGGCACACGACCGCUUCGUGGAUAUUCCGCACUUUGGUAUUGCCUUCGAAGGGAUGCUAGCCGCAGCUGUCACUGCAGUUGGAAACUACGAUGAAAUGUAUCAGCGCAACCUGGGUUCCAUCAUCCCCCGAGGUGGCUUGAACGUUAUCAAUGCUGGCACCUCGGGCCUGAUCUUCUCAACUCCCUUUGGCUCCUUGGACGUGAUGGGACCAGGCCCCGUUCCAGGUGGAACUCUCGACAAGAUCAAGAAGAGAGGUCAUUUGAACUGUGGAAUCACUCGACGUGCUGGAUUCGGAGUUUUCAACACAGAGAAACUGAAAUGGGAAGGCUUCGAUGUGGACUACUGCAAGGCACUGUCCGCUGCGAUUUCGGAUGGUGCUUGUACACCACGUGGUGUAUCAUGUCCUCACCCGCCACCGAGAGGCGUGCCCAGCCAUGGCAAAGUCGACGUCUUGUCUCGUAUCACAACCUAUUCCUUUGAGCGCGAUGUCCAGGAGCCCACAAGUAUGACUGGAUUCAGUUUCUCGCAGCCUGUCUUCUAUGAUGGGCUCAGCUUUGGUGGCCUGCAGGGCUUUGCAGAAUGCGCCGAUGCAUUGGACACCACCACUGGCAUCUGCGUUGACUUGAAGAUCUGCGUCAAUGACGGAACAACCACAGUGUCGCGGACCAGAGAGCUGUUCCCAGAAGACAACAUUGUGGUCAAGCCCACAGGAGAAGAAGCUCUGGCUGGCUUGGUGAGCGGGGAAUGCAAUGCAGUUGCUGGAGGAUCCCACGAUCUUGCACGAGCUUCCGUAGAAAGUGUUGGUUACACAGGUGACUAUGCCAUUGGAGUCAAUCGCUUUUCCAAGGACCCCUUGGCUUUGGUAACCAACCAAGAUGACCCUGAAUGGACGGACUUCGUUUACUGGGUAGUCACUUCCACUUUUUUUGCUGAGGAGCAAGGAAUCACCAAGGACCUUGCUGGAUCGAAGAUGCCUACCACCAACCUAUUUGGCCCCCUUUUCACCUUUUCACAAGAAUGUUUAUCAAUGCAGUGCAAGCAGUGGGCAACCAUGGUGAAAUCUAUACAAGAAACGUUGAACUGUUGGUACCAAGGGGCGGUUUGAAUGCUCUCAACUCUGGCGGAGCUCAAAUCUAUCCUCUGCCAGGAAUCCCACUUGCCUUGUGAGGAUGAAGUAUAUAGAUAUAUUUGUGAUACCGC